AUGUCUACUAUAGGUUCGCAAGUUCGUAAAGCAGCUCCUUCUAUAGAUCCUAUUGUUGCUGAUUAUGCAGUUGGCUAUUUUAAUCAUCUAUCUACUUUAACUUAUGAUCCAGUUCAAAGCAAACAAUUGGAUUUAGCCACUGAAAUUUCUUUUGUUUCUGAAUUGCUACGCAACGCAGGUGCAUCUGAAGAUAAGGUUGAUACAUUGGCUAAAGAAAUAAGUGAAAGGUUAAAUCUACAAUUAGAUGAGAAUAGAGCUAAGCUAGAAUUAACUGGUGAUACUUCAAAAAGAUUAUUAGAUAUCAAUGUUUUAAAGAGUCAUAACAACAAAGCGGAUAUUAAUACUUCUUUGAACUUAUUAAAUAACAAUGGUAUUGAACAUGCUGGUAGACAAAUGGAAACCAGAGUGAAUUUGAAGAAAUUAGCCAAAGCUGAACAAAAGAUUGCUAAAAAGGUUGCUAAGAGAAAUAAUAAAUUUGUUCAAUAUGAAGCAUCGAAAUUGAUUAACGAACAAAAGGAUGAAGAUUACGAUUCAUUCUUCUUAAAAAUUAAUCCAUUGGAAUUUGGAUCUGCUGCUGGUAAAUCUAAAGAUAUUAAAAUUGAUACAUUUGAUUUAUAUGUUGGUGAUGGUCAAAGAAUAUUAUCUGAUGCACAAUUAACCUUAAGUUUUGGCCAUAGAUAUGGUUUGGUUGGUCAAAAUGGUAUUGGUAAAUCUACCUUAUUAAGAGCUCUAUCUAGAAGAGAAUUAAAUGUUCCAAAACAUAUUUCAAUUUUACAUGUUGAGCAAGAAUUAAGAGGUGAUGAUACCUUAGCGUUGCAAAGUGUUCUAGAUGCAGAUGUUUGGAGAAAGCAAUUAUUGCAUGAAGAACAUAAAAUCAAUGAGAGAUUACAAGAAAUGGAAAAACUAAGAGCUGAAUUUGAAGAAGGCAGUUUGGAAGUUAAGAAAUUAGAUAACGAACGUGAAGAUUUAGAUAAUCAUUUAGAACAAAUUGCUGAAAAAUUAGCUGAUAUGGAAUCUGAUAAAGCUGAAGCUAAGGCUGCUUCUAUCUUAUAUGGUCUAGGGUUUAGUGUAGAAGCUCAAAACAAGCCAACUAAUUCCUUUUCUGGUGGUUGGAGGAUGAGAUUAUCAUUAGCCAGAGCUUUAUUUUGUCAACCAGAUUUGUUAUUGUUGGAUGAACCUUCAAAUAUGUUGGAUGUUCCAUCUAUCGCCUAUCUAUCUGAAUAUUUGAAGACUUAUCCAUCGACCCUUCUAGUUGUUUCCCAUGAUCGUGCCUUCUUAAAUGAAGUUGCUACUGAUAUAAUAUAUCAACAUAAUGAAAGAUUGGAUUACUACAGGGGUCAAGAUUUUGAUACAUUCUAUGCCACGAAGGAAGAGCGUAGAAAGAAUGCUCAAAGAGAAUACGAAAACCAAAUGGCUUAUAGAAAGCAUUUACAAGAAUUUAUUGACAAGUUUAGAUAUAAUGCAGCUAAAUCUUCGGAAGCUCAAUCAAGAAUUAAGAAGCUAGAAAAAUUACCAGUUUUAGAGCCACCAGAGGAAGAUAAAAGCAUUCACUUUAAAUUCCCAGAUUGUGAAAACUUAUCUCCCCCAAUUAUUCAAUUACAAGAUGUUUCAUUCGGUUACGAUGAAAAAAAUCUAUUACUAAAAGAUGUUAAUUUAGAUGUUCAAAUGGAUUCACGAAUCGCAUUGGUGGGUGCCAAUGGUUGUGGUAAGACUACAUUACUGAAAGUUAUGAUGAAUCAGCUAAAACCAUUGAAGGGUUAUGUUUCAAGUAAUGGUAGAUUACGUAUUGGUUACUUCACACAACACCAUGUUGAUUCUAUGGAUCUAACAAAAAGUGCUGUUGAUUGGAUGUCGGUCAAAUAUCCAGGUAAAACUGAUGAAGAAUAUAGACGUCACUUAGGUUCCUUCGGUAUUACAGGUACAUUAGGUCUACAAAAAAUGCAACUAUUGUCUGGUGGUCAGAAAUCACGUGUGGCAUUUGCUGCUUUAUGUCUAAAUAAUCCUCAUAUUUUAGUUCUUGAUGAACCUUCCAAUCAUUUAGAUAAUACUGGUUUAGAUGCACUAGUCGAGUCAUUGAAGAAUUUUUCAGGUGGGGUUCUUAUGGUUUCUCACGAUAUCUCAGUUAUUGACAGUGUUUGUAAAGAAAUCUGGGUUUCUGAGAAUGGUACUGUUAGAAGAUUUGAUGGUACUAUCCACGACUAUAAAGACUACAUCUUGGCGUCUGCAGGCACUGCAGGUGUUGUCAAAAAACAUUAA